AUGGGUGUUACUAUUGACCCGACUGCAGCUGGAGACCACGAGCCUACCGCUGAGCGGAACAAUAGGACGCUGAAAGAAAGAGUCAGAGUAGCUCUUGCACAAUUACCCUACAAAGUGGUCCCAAAAGUGAUCACUGAAUGUCUUGGACGUCAAGCCGCCGAGCUAUUGAAUGUCUUUCCCAAGAAAGACAGUAUCUCAUCACAUUUCAGUCCGCAGCAACUCAUUGAUAAUGUCAAUAUCAACUACAAGAGUGACAUGGUUGCUGAACUUGGACAAUAUGUUCAUACAAUUGGGACGGAUUCCAACAAUUCGAUGGAACCCCAAAAUGAUUUCCCGACCCAAUUCAGAGAAGAGCUCUUGGCAGAUGCAGACAAUGAUGUCAAUGAUAUGCCAGAACUCACUGUCAGAUUCCAAGGAGAUGAUGACUAUGAAUCAGACGACGAUUCGGGUGAUGAAGGCAAUGAAGAGGAAGAACCUAUUGUGGCCAAUUUGGAUCACCAUCAAGAAAAUGUCGAUAGAGGAACCAAUGAUAUUGGGAGCCUCGUUACUGAUCUGGAGGAUCUACAAGAACCGCCAGAAGAAGAGAUUGUAUUUGAGCCUGAAAUCCGUCAAGUAGCAAAAGUCACUCGAUCUGGGCAAACGUAUGCGCAAGCUGCAAUGUCUGGGCUGAACCUUUCCCAAGUUCCAAAGAGACCAAGAGAAUGGCCUUUGAGCAGGAGUGGCAGUUCUGCAAAUAAGAAGAAGAAUCAAGUUGCGACAAGACGCCAGCAUCGAGAAAGAGAAUUGAAACCGUUGAAGAACAAGUUAAAAUCUGGUAUUCGUACCAAAGAAGGAAGUCGCAGUACUAAAGACAGUAAAGCUAUCCUUGAAGCAAAGCACAAUCUAUGUUUCCAACAGAUU